CGACACGCACAUGACGCAGGAGCAGGUGAUGGCAACGAUCAAGACGAAGCUAAAGCACAACGUGGUAAACGUGCACAAGGUCAUUGUCGUGACGGACGGCACAAAUCGACUCUCCGAGCAAGCAACCCGGGCGAUCCAGGACAUGAUGAGCUGGCUCCAGUACGAGAAGUAUAAGCCGAACUGGAUCUUCGUGAGCAACAAGUGCGACGGCUUGUCGAAGGCAGAGCGCGAGAAGAACCUGGCGGACACUAUGAAGCUCCUGCGCGUGAACCAGACUGAUGUCGAGGGUACCUUCGCUGGGGCGCUGGUCAAGCUUGCGAUCCCGGUCGGCUUCCGCCCCAAGGACAGGCACAUGAGCGUGGACGCCAAGAAGAGCGAGAAGAGCCUUGGCAUGGCUAUCCUCUAUUGGAAUGAGGCUGCAAGCCUAUCCCGCUGCAAACCUAUCCCCGUCCACCCGCAGGAGAGUAUGUGCACCAUCUCCUGAUGCCGAGACCGGAGGGUGGUCGGCGUGUGCUCGGAGUGCGCGGGCCGCGCGGGCCGCGGGGCGCCCGCGGGCGAAACUAAGAGCUAGGAUUAACGUGUGUAAGUCCUGUCGGGGUGUGUCAUUCGAUCUGUGUCCGCGCUCAUAUUAGCUCAACCGUGUG